AUGGUCCCCCGUCCUGCUCCCCCGCCAUCGGACGACGGGUCCGAGGAGGAGGUUGGCACCACGCUCCUCGCCCUCCCCGACGGACCCAUCGAGGCUGGCGCCGCCCCCUCGCACACCACUUCCUACAUUGGAGGCUACCCCGCCUUCCCUCCCUCCACGGCUUCCUCGGCCCCCGCGGCCGUCAAGUGCGGCGUGUGCCAGGAGCCCAUCCCCCUCCUUGCGCAGGUGUACGCACCCCUCGUUGACGGCGAGAACGACCGCACCGUCUACGUGUGGGCUUGUGCCCGUGCUGCCUGCAAGCGCCGCGAGGGCAGCAUCCGCGCCUUCCGUGCCAGCGCCCGCAACGAGGAGUACGUCGCCGACGUUGCUGCCAAGCGCGCCGAGGCCGAGCGCAUCGCCGCUGAGGAGCGUGCCAAGGCUCGCAUCAACCCCUUUACGACAAAGGACGCGCCUACCGGUGGCCUCUUUGGCUCGGCUCAGCCCCUGUUCGGUGCGGCCGCCGCCAACCCCUUUGCUGCUCCUGCCCCCGCUGGCGAGGCCGCUCCGGCUGCUGCCGUUGCCGCCCCCACCGAGGCCGUUGCGGCCCUCUCGAUCGCGACCGAGCCCGUCACCCUCGGCCCUCCCCUCCCUGCCUACCAGCCGGCCCAGUACCUCGCCACCAUCGACGAGUACCUCCCCCUGCCCGAGUCGGACGACGAGGACGAUGUCGACAGCGACGACGACGAGACCCCCGAGAUGAAGGCCGAAUGGCGCGACGAGGGCUGGGAGCGUCUGCUGCCCAAGGGCGUCGACGACAUUUUCGAGCGCUUUGUCCGCCGCCUCGACAGCGCCGAGGACGGCUCGACCCAGGUCCUGCGGUACGACUUUGGCGCCGUGCCCCUCCCUUACUCGUCGAGCUCGGCGCUGUUCAAGAAGCUUUUCCCCGGCGCGCCCGUGCGCGCCCCCUCGUCCGAGGAGGAAGAGGUCUACCUCGCCGACUGGUACAAGCCCUCGUUCAUCCCGCCCUGCCCGCGCUGCAAGGGCAAGCGCGUGUUUGAGGUCCAGCUCGUGCCCCAGCUCAUUAACGUCCUCCGCCCCUCGGCCCUCAGCACCACCGGUGCCGCGCCCGUCCCGGCCCCCGCCAAGAACCUCACCGAGGACGAGCGCAAGGCCGAGCUCACCCGCCUCGCCAAGGGCGAGGGCGAGAGCGAGAUGGAGUGGGGCACCAUCAUGGUCUUCUCGUGCGAGAAGGACUGUGUGGGUGUCGGCGAGGAGUGGGUCGGCGUUGAGUGGGAGGCCGUCGUCGAGGCCUAA